AUGUGGGUAAGCAGCGCGCUCGACUGCGCGCUCGACUGCUCGGAACCAAGGCUGUCGAUAGAGGGCAACCCACCUGUCAAGGUUGCCGGUCGGGGCUCCAUAUUCAUAAAGAGUGCAUCCAAGAGCGGCUAUCUGACGCCAAUCUUGGCUGCCGGCGGCGCAGGCCAGAUCUUCUCUCUAAAUUACUAUUGGGGGCAGCGCCACGACCGCAGAAGCCGCACUAUGUGCGGCGCGGCUGCGGUCGCGGGCUGCUCCGCGCCGGGGCGCGCCUAG